GUGCAUCGAAAAUGAUGAUAAAUUUUUUGAAAUGUUAGAACAGACUGCGCAAGAUCACGCUCGCAAGAAAUUUUUCAAGCCUGAGAUGUUUUGGGCGAUGGAAGAACCAUUCCUGUAUGCAGUGAAAUUGAUACUGGGUGAAAGAUAUACGGAUAAUAUGGAUGUUAUCUACAAAACUGUGAUAAAUUUGUAAAC